CAUGAAAGUUCAAAGGUUCCAGAGAAGAAGCCGCUGCGCGAGUUGACUCACCAAACACUCUUUCCUUCUCUCUUUCUCUCUCCUCUUUAUUAUUUGAAAGAUUCCUUUCGUGUUUUCAAUUUUCCACAUGAAACCUCACUUCUCUCUUCAUUUCGCUUUCGCAUCUUCGUCACACGCGUCGUCAACGAAUCUUCGGAGUCUCCGGCGAUGCCCCGUCGAUUAAACGACGGCGACCCUGGCCGUUCUACCGCCACCGCCCUCCUUGUAAUCGGUCUGAUCUCUUGUCUUAUCGUCUACGCUGUCUUCUCUACUGUCCUUCGUCCCCAAGAUCGUAGAAUCGAUUCCGACGUAUUCACGGACUCGGAAGAUCACGACCGUGUAGCGGCGGAUGGAGAUUUCGGCAGGUGUUGCCGUGGAGUCGAUAAUCUGGAGCUUUGGGGUCCGGCGGUGAAGUGGGGGACGGAUUUCAAGUUUAAUUCGUCGGAGGAAUGUUGCAAGGCGUGUAAAGUUAUGUGCAGUGGCAGCGACGGACCUUGUCUGUGCGAUUCAUGGGUGUUCUGCGGCAACAAAGAGGCUUGUGGGUCGAAGUUUGGAGAGUGUUGGUUGAAGAAGCAAAAAGAUGUCUUGGUGCCUGAUCGACAGGAAGGUGGACAGAAAGUAUUGUGGACAUCUGGGCUUAUUUUCGGACAAGGGGAGGGCAUUGUUGGUUUUGAGACGGAACACGGCGUACUUCAUGUCAAACUUCACCCUGAGUGCGCUCCUCACUCAGUAUACUACAUUCUUAGUUUGUUAACUCUGCGCCACUGCGCAGGCUGCCAGUUUCAUCGUGCAGAGAGCCGGGGAUCAUAUUGGGACUCAGAAGGCGAUCAUGUAAACAACGCUCCCUAUGGUCCACCAUACGCUAUGAUUCAAGGAAUACUCAAGCCUGAGGGAAACAUGUUUUCUCCGAUCCCAACCGAGCACUGCCCAACCAUAAGCCAUGGCUCAGUGGCGUGGGUCGGCUCGGGACCAGAAUUCUUCAUCAGUCUAGCAAACCACCACGAAUGGAAACAAUCUUACACUGUAUUCGGCUCUGUCUUGCCAGAAGAUAUGGAGGUUGCAGAGAGGAUUGCCGGUUUACCUACGAGUUCCGAUGUGUGGAACAACGUUAAUGUCUCUGUUCUGGAGAAACCGGUGGCUUUAACCGUACGGAGAAUGAAGACUGGCCAAGAACAAGAAGAAACCGGUUCGUGAAGACCAACUGAGAAAUGAGCUCAGAAUAGUUCUUGGUUUUUUUUUUUGAAAUUUUAUAAUUUCUCUUACUGUGUAUAAAAUAGACAGACUACGAAAAGAAAUAAAAGAACCU